GCGCGCUUUGUUCGUCACACUACUCCCAUCUUCUCCUCUUCCCAUCCUUCGUCCCCGAACUUCGAAUUCCAUCCAAAUCGCCUCGCUCUUUCGACGAUCAGCUCGUUCGAGGUUGCAGGAGAGAGAGAGGGAGAGAUGAAGAAGAGCAGCAGCAGCGGCGAGUCGGUCAAGCUCGACCGGAAGACGGUGGAGCGGAACCGGAGGAUCCACAUGAAGGGCCUCUGCUUCAAGCUCGCCUCAGUCAUCCCUCCCCACCAUCACAGGUCCGCCUCCAAGGACAUGCUGUCGCAGCAGGACCAAAUCGAUCGGGCCGCCGAGUACAUAUCGCAGCUGAAAGAGAGGAUCGAGAGGCUGAAGGCGAAGAAGGAGCUCAUGGCGGCGCGGCUGAACGUCAGCCGUCAGGAGGAGGGCGGCGGGCCGGCAUUGGGCGAAGGGCCGUUCUGGCGAGCCUCGACCUUGCCGGUCGUCAACAUAAGAGAGUGGGACUCCGGCCUCGAGGUGACCAUCAUCAGCGGGAGCGGGACGAGCAAGAGCUUCAUGCUGUACGAAGCCAUCGGCAUUCUCGAGGAAGAAGGAGCCGAAGUCGUGAGCGCCAGCAGCUCCAGCAUCGGCGACAAGGUCUUCCACACCCUUCAUGCUCAGGUGAGACUUUCUCGUGUUGGAGUGGAGACUUCAAGGGUUAGCCAGAGACUACACGAGCUGGUGUGCUCGUUUUAGCUGCGGCUCGACGGCAAACGAACUGUUUUGACCCAGAAUCCUUAAAGAAAUAUAUAGAUAAUGUUUAGCUUCUUGAUUAGGGCAUGUGAUUAGAAGAUCAAAGAGAUGUUAAGCCUUGUUGGUCCGACCACGUUGUAAAAAAUUUGUAAGUGAGUUGGUAGAGAACCUUGUUCGGAAUGAAGAGUUAAUCUUUUGCAA